AUGGCCGCUCAAAACAAUGGAUUGGGAGGUAGUUCCGUCGAGCGCCCUGCACCUCUUGACGAUCGUGGCUUUGUCGACGUUGCCCUCGGUUUUGUCGUGUUCACUGGGAAUGAUUUCACUCACCGUAAUUGGAUCCGGACUGACGAUCGCAAAUCUCUGCAGAUUAUCAAUCUUGAUGCGUAUCGCCCUAUUACGAUCGAGUUGGUGUCCACUGACAUUUGGAACUUUGCCGCUCACAAUGGAAUCCUUCUCGGCGACCGCUACACCUUCACCCUGGGGAUCAACCAAACGCAAACUUUCGACUUCAUUUGCAGGGCCCCGCUUGGAUCGGUACUUGUUCUCGAGGUCAAGGUGCUUCGAGUUGGCACCGAUUUGCCGAGAAACGGCACCCGUCCCGUCCAAAAUUUCACAGUGAUGCCU